AUUAGUCAUUAUAAUGUACAUUUUACAUUUUGAUAGCUCAAGUUUAAUUUUAAUUCAAAUGCAUUUAAAAAUAAUAAUAAGAGCCCCUACUAAUCUUACGUAUUGUCAUUUCUACAUAAAAAAAGAGGCUCCUACAAAUCUUACAUAUUGUCGUUCUUUUUACAACCCAUCAACUUUGUUUAAUUAUCAACCUAUCGUGAUGAAUUGAGAAAUCAAUUUUCUAACCUACGUGUAACAUUUUUGUUCUUUUCUUGUGAUGGUGUUCACUAACAUUUAUGGGAGUAUUUUGGCAGGAUAUCAAUUUUUUGUCAUCGGUAAUUGGGUAUUUUAUUGUCCAACUCAAUUGGGUUGAGUAUGAAAUCUAAAUAGAUGGUAAAUGGGUAAAAUUUGAUGGGUUUUAUCCAUAUACAAAUUAUAGUUCGGUACCUUAACUUAAUAGAUCUUUAGAUUAAUAACUUAAGUCUAUCUUUUUGGCAUAUAAAUCCUCAAAAUAUUGAUGGAACAUUAUAUUUUAGUACCAUAACGGACCACAUACUACAUGCUGAUAAAGCAUCUCCGCCCGCGACAAGGCGCGGCAUCGCGCCACCUAGCAUGUAUGAAAACUAAAACAACUCAGCUGAAAUAAUAACUCGUAGUUUUAUAUUUAUACAGUAUCUCUUCCCUAUAAACGAAAGCCACUUAUGUAAUGGGAUUUAAGUAAGGAUGGGUGAGUAUGUGUGUGGUUAAUUCGCGAUUUAACAUCCAUCAACCUGCAAACAAUCAAAAUUGUAAUUAAUGAGUGAUUGAUGUGUGUGAAAUGCAUAUUGAUAAAUUUCCAACUCACACCUAUUCGGAUGGUUGAUGGAAGAAUUUCAUUGCUUGCAAUAUUAUAUCAUUAGGAGUGGGAUAGACAGCAUCCUCAUCUUCAUAAUAGCAAGAUCCAAGCUUACGAAUUUUACGAUAUUGAUCAGCCUAGCUAAUUCGUUUCAUCUUUGUCAACGUAGGAAAGGCGGAAACAUCGAUGCUGCAUCCGGUUUCAGCAGAUUCCAUUCCAAAGUUGUCUCCCUCGUUGAAAGUGAAUUCAUUAUUAGAAGUCGGUUUCUUAAACGAGGAGCCUUUUCACAUGAAUUUGAAAUGUUUAUCACAAAAAACUAUGAUAUUAUAUUAAAUCCAGUUAAUUUCAAUUAAAUUUAGUGUCGAAAUAGGUUUAAUGAUGAAUCUUAUACAACAACCCUCAAACUCAAGCUACUAAUAUGGACAUGAAGUUUGCUUAAUCUUAGAAUGGGGUUGUCUGAAUUCAAACAAAAGACCUCUCGAUCAUAGAAAGCUCUUAUGCCAUGUCAAGAUUUCUCAACUAGUUGGUCCGGAACUUCGAUACCAUAUGAGUGACUUGAGUUCGAAAAGUGUAUUAAUGUGUGGUAUAAAAUCUGUAACUAAACAUUUUCCAACAAAAUCUAAUUAGUAGGAGUAAUUUUUUUUCACAGUCACUACCACACGAUGCCGAAAGCAGUAGUGAGUAAAAAACGUGCAUCAAAUUGUAAAAACCGUUACAUUUUAGGCCCGCCAAAAAUAUUAAGUUUCUACGUAAAAAUAUUUUGUGAGCAAAAGCGUGGUCAAAAUCGUUAAGAAUGCUCACUUUUUUGGCCACGAUUUGUGUACAAAAACAUGUCAUUCCUCAUUUGUGCAUGAUUAGGUUUGAAGUCCCAAACGGCUAUCAGAAGUUAAAACGUCGUAAUUCUAUUCAUGUGGCAGCUUCAUCAUAACUCCUUUAUUUGUACUCUUGUUUUCCGGUGAGAAAACUUGCUUUGAAUUUAGAUUGAUUGCACUUUUGAAUUCUUUGGACAACGAUUACUAAGACAUGGCUCAUGCCUCUUCAACCAAAGUUCGAACGAUGGUGUUUGAUUGAUGGUUUCUGGGAAUGAAAACUAAGUUAAAUUACUCUACUCCUAUGGAGGUUCAGUGAGAGCUGCAAACUAAAAACUACGUCUAUGGCUACAUGAUAGAGAAAAAAGGAUAAACUUGACAUGUGUGUCAGAGUGUUGGUUUUGGGAACCUAUUUCUCUGUCGACCCUUCCUCCUAUUUAUAGCCAUGGAGAGAUAACUGUUGUAGACAACUGCCUCUUGGAUAACUCCCAGAAAGAACCGCUUCCUGCUUUCUCCGAGUGCUGGUUACUCCUUCAACCGCCUAGGUGCUUCUCUUGGAACCAUUGUGGGUCUUGAAGUGUAGCUUACCUCUCAUGGUCUUGUUACAAAUCUUGUGCCAUGCUAAUCUUGAUAAGCAUGUGGUGUCUCACAAAGCUAGGGGGCCGUGAUCCUCUUGCUAGGCACCAUGGACUUCUUACUCAUGUCAUUGACAUUCUUCUCUCACGACCAUGAACCUCUUGGGACUUAGUCACUAGUGAAUGCUCCACCACCACGCCCUUCUCAUUCGUGAUCAUGGCCCCUCUCGUGAUGCGACAUGAACUUGUCAAUCAUGCACAUGGCCCCUCCCAUGAGGCGGCAUGUCCUUCCCAAACUUAGUACAUUUUGUAUCAUUGGUCUUGGUCAUGAGGAGGCAUGGCCUCUUCAUUCGUGGCUAUGGACUUUUCAAUCAUGUAUGUGGCCCUUCCCAUGACACGGCAUGGCCUUCUCAUACUUAGCAUUUUUCAAUCAUGCCUAGAGCCUCUUGUCUUGUGUCAAUGCAUCUUCUCUUGAAGCGGCACGUGCCUCUGGAUUCUAGACGGACAUGAUCCUCCUCGUUGAAAAGGCAUCUGCUUCUAGAUUAUAGAUGGGCAUGGCCCUCUUCGUGAAGUGGCACAUGCCUCUAGAUUCAAGAUGGACACGACCUGAUAGACCGUCAUUUACACAUGUUUUUACCCCCGUUCUUACACCGUUUGAGGUGUUGAUUCUCGUGUUUUAGGCCGAUUUACGCUAGGUUGUGCUUGUUUGUGAUAUUUCAGGUCCUAGUACGUGAAUGAAGGCUUAGGAGCGAGUCUGGGGUCGAUUGGACGAAGAACGGACGAGUGGCGAGGUUUUUGGGAGCUGCACGGGCAUACCAGGGAGGCUGCACGGCCGUGCACGGUUGCAAGCUGGCCGUGCGCCUCAUGCCGAGGAGCUGCACGGGCAGGCCCUGAAGAUUGCACGGCCGUGCACCUGGCCGUGCAAGAAGCCUGAGUUCGACUUAAGGGAUACGCUGCGUUUCAGGGUGCACGGCCAGAAUGGUGAGGUGCACGGCCGUGCACCCUGGCCGUGCAACUCGGGAAAACCCGGUUUUUAAAGCCUAAUCCGAGCCAGAAGUUGGGGGAUCGAAUUUCUGGAGCAAAAACAGAGUUUUAGAGAGAGAAAGUGCGAAGAACUCACCCUAGAAGCCAUCUUGGAGCUGGGUUUCAUCAAAUCAAGCCUGGAGAUCGUCCUAGGAGUGGAAAUCAUCAUCCCGGAGCAGAUUAUCCUCAUCAUUAUGAGUAUGACUACUCCGAUUACUGUUUUCUUUUCUCUCUCUAUGGAGUAGAACCUCUCUCUCACUUGGGGAUGAAGAACCCUAGUUCUAUGUGUUAGGGGAUUGAUUGUAAUGACUUGGGAUGAUAUUACUGUUUGAUUUUAAUCGAAUGAUGCAUGUUUAUUGAGUCAAUUGAAGUCUGAUCAACUUUUCCUGAUUCCUGCUGCAAUCUGAGAUAGAUAGAAUCUGAUUAGGUUGCUAGAGUCUCAUCAUUCGAUAGUAGGAGACUGGUUAUACAAGAGUUAGCCAGUUUACUGCUUUGUACUGGAAUCUAAUUCCAGUAGUGAAUUUCUGUUCUUACUGCUUCAGCUUUCUAUCCCGGUGAAGACUAGUCGUCUGCCGGGUAGUUAGACUGAGAGGGCUUGGUCAGCUUAAGAGAUUCCAAGCUACUGUCGGAUCUUCCGCAGUUUAAUCAACAGUAAAUCAACCCAGGGUAAAUUGCAAUUGAAACCUAACUAAAGAGCUAGGGGAAUUCAUUCCCGAGUGACUCUUUCCUGCUUAAGAAAACCGAAUAAUUUCCUGCUUUAUUUCUGCUUUCAGUUUAAACAACAAUCACUUACUCUAGUUGGCUAGAUAACAGAGAAUCACUGAGUAAGCAGUAGAUCUAAAGCCCGGGUUGAUAAUAUAACUUGCCUGUUACUGCAUUCCCGGUCUGCGAUUACACUUGGUCGCAGAUUGGUGUUGUGUUUUGGCGUGUCAAGUUUUUGGCGCCGUUGCCGGGGACCCCUCUAGGUUAUUGGGGAAAAGUGAGAAUUUGUUACUCUAGCUUUUUAUUUUCUGCUUUUUAUUUCUUCCACCUGUGUGCCUUCACGGGUUGUUUCUGCUGAUUGUGUGCAGGUAGUGCAUGACCCGUAGCCAGUCGGGAGAUCUAUUACCACUAGACCAGGAGCUUGAACGAACCUGCAGAAAUUUCAAGCGGGCUCUAAAGGCGCGACUGGCUGCGGAGGAGGCGCUAUCACAGCUGCAGUUAGAGGAGGAAGAAGAAGAGAUGGCUGAACCAGGGAACCAUGCUGUGAUCCCCGAGGAGCAGACCAUGGGCUCCUACUGGACCGCUAGGGCUGCGGACAUGAGGCCACCCAUUCAGCACCCUCAGGUCCCAGCCAACAACUUUGAGGUGAGCACCUCCGUGAUCACCAUGCUGCGCGGUUCAGUAGUGUUCCGUGGUAAGGAGGGAGAGUGCCCUCGAUCACAUCUCAGGCGAUUCCACGAGCUCAUCGAUGGAAUCAAGAUCAAUGGGGUACCAGCAGAUGCCAUCCAGCUGAGGUACUUCCCAUUCACUCUGGAGGGGCAGGCCAAGGAGUGGCUAGACACUCGAUCUCCGGGAUCCAUCACCACGUUCGCCAACCUGGCGGACAAGUUCCUCACCCGCUACCAUCCUCCAUCCAAGACAGCUGACCUGCAGAAGCAAAUUACACAUUUUGCUCAGGAUGAGGAUGAGACCAUCAGGGAUGCAUGGGAGAGGUACAACAGUCUUUUCCUCAGGUGUCCCAAUCAUGGUUUCAACGAUGCGUUCAAGGUGGGCACCUUCUAUCACGCCCUCUUCCCGGAGGACAAGCAGCUGAUCGAUUCGGUUUGUGGCGGGAACAUGCUGACCAAAACCCCGCCACAGCUGAAUCAACUCUUUGAAGAGAUGGCGGAGAAUGGUUAUGAUUGGGGCACUGCCAGGAGAUCGAGGAGAGCACCAGGCCGGGGUGUGCAUGCUGUGGGCACCCAGUCAUCUGAUUUGGUGCAGGUAGUAUCGAAGCUGGUCUCAGCUAUCGAUCGUUCCGGGAUGAUUCCACGGACCGGACAGCAGCAGGCGAUGCUCUGCCAGUGGUGCGAGAGCACCCAUCAUAUGGUGGAAGACUGCCAGGCGAUGAAGGAAUCGACCACACCCCAGGAGCAGGUGAACUUCAUCAACAAUGUCAGGCGCAAUGACCCCUACAGCAACACGUACAAUGAGGGGUGGCGCCAGCAUCCUAACUUCUCCUGGGCUGGGCCAAAUCCCAGACCACCAGCUCCACAGGGACCACCGGGCUUCCAGAGGCCACCAUAUCAGCCCAGACAGGGGCAAUUCCAGCAGCCAGGUGCAGCCCCUGCUGCCCCAGUGCAGAAUGAUCAGAUGGCUGAACUGCGGGACUUGGUGGGUUCUCUUGCCAGUGUUAGUGCUCAGAAAUUCAACACCUUUGAGCAGUUCAUGGAGAAGGCCUCGGGUCAACUCCUGGCUCUGGAAGCUGGUCAGAGGAAUACACAGGCUGUUUUGCAGGAUAUCCAGACCCAGCUGGGGAGCGUGGCCCAGGCAGUGGCUCAAAGGGCUCAUGGUACUCUACCAGGGCAGACCAUCCCUCACCCGUCGACCCCGAAUGAGCGCUGCAAUGCCAUCAUGACCAGGAGUGGCAAGAUGACUGUUGAUCCCCCUGCUCGGGAACCGGAGAAAGAAAGCCCUGUCUUAGCGGCUCCAGCGGUUGAACAGGAAGUAGAGAAGGAAGUUGAGGUGGCUGCACCUAAACCGCAACCAGUAGUGAAGGAGUAUGUCCCUAAACUCCCUUUCCCUACUCGGUUUCACAAAGACAGGCUGGAGGCAGAGUUCGAGAACUUCAUGGCCAUGCUUAAGAAGCUGAAUGUCCAAGUGCCCUUCCUGGAGGCACUAUCGCAAAUGCCAAAGUAUGUGAAGUUUCUGAAAGAGCUUCUCUCAAAGAAGCAGAAGCUGAGUGAGCUGGCCACGGUAGAGCUCAGCGAGGAAUGCUCGGCUAUUCUGCAAAACAAGCUUCCGCAGAAGAAGAAGGACCCAGGUAGUUUUACUAUCCCGUGCUCUAUUGAUAAAUUGCAUGUAGAGAAGUCCUUGGCGGAUUUAGGUGCUAGUAUCAAUGUUAUUCCAUAUAAAUUGUUCAUGAAACUAGGCCUAGGUGAACCCCGUGCUACUAGGAUGACCCUUCAAUUAGCUGACAGAUCUGUAGUGCAUCCUAGGGGUAUAGUGGAAGACCUUCUGGUUAAGGUUGGCAAAUUCACAUAUCCCGUGGAUUUUGUUAUCUUGGACAUUAGUGAGGACACAGAAGUGCCUCUUAUACUGGGAAGGCCUUUCCUGGCCACUGCCAAGGCUCUCAUAGAUGUGCAUGAUGGGACCUUAGUUUUGAGGGAUGGCGAGGAGCGAAUAACGUUUUCUGUUGCUGAUACUAUACCUGCUUCGUCACCUCUGCAUGCUGUUUCUCACCAGGAGCACGAGUCUGUCGUGUAUCCUUCUGUGCUGCCUAUUUUGCAGGAACCGCCUCCCACACCUUCGCCGCCACUCCGGACCACUCCGUCACCCAAAGAACAGAUCAAGGAGGAGUGGCGGCCGAAACUGCAGGCAGCUAAGCCUGCUCGAAAGGAAGCCGGAGACCACUAUGAGCUGGUCCCGCCCCCUCCUUGGCCAUCCGAGUAUUCACUCGCUUGCAUCCUACCGGAUGGCCAAGUUGAGCUGGCGAAUGCAGGUGGCCACAUUCGUCGCGUGCAUGGCCACCAUUUGAAGCUGUACCUCAAGAGCGAUGUGGAUCCGCUCUUGAAGGCACCUGAUCCUACACUUCCCUGAGCAUCCAUACUGGCGUCCAGCUAAAAGACGGUAAAGAAGCGCUUGUGGGGAGGCAACCCCACCGAGGUUUGCAUUUUCUUACUCUUUUUCCUUUGAUUUUGUGUGUUUUUGAGUCUUGAGACGUUGAUCCAGAG